UCUUGCACAUGUGUUGUCUAAUUGCGUCGCUGCAUGAACAUCUGAUCAUUGUAUGUGACGGCACCGAAAAUGCUGAACUAUGCUACUGGUUUAGUUUCUUUUUUAAGUUUUACGUUUUAAUUUAUCUACUAAUUAUGUAGGAUUGAUUCAAUCUUCCGAGAAUCCUAUUUAUCUGAAACAUUUUAAUGGACUUGCUUUGUGGAUUUCAAUCUGUAAAUAAAUGUAGACUAAACACUUGCUCUCGAAAUGCCUGUCCAGGAUCGGGAUCAUAAUCGGAGUUGCACAUCUCUGGGUGAGGAAGAGAAGGCCAAGUCCUGAAGUGAGGAGCAGGAACGGGAGGACGCGCACCGCAGAUCUACCAACCGAGGCGACACUCGUACAGUGUCGCUCCUGGGCUUAUACUCACUUUUGGGGUCCCGAGUCUUUUUUUGGUUACUCCAAAGGUUAAACGAUGCAGUUGGAGAACAUCCUUCCUAGCUCGAGCAUCAACUUACCCAAGACGUUUUAUAACCUCUCGUCGUCCGACAGCGCAAAUAACAGCCCCGGCUCCUCACAGAUCGAGUAUCAAGAAGUGGAGCGAACCGAGACGGAAUCCACGAACGCCCCGAAGAAGUACCUGAGCGGAGCGGGGAUGAUGGGAGAGGGGGAAGGGGACACUUUCUCUGGGACUAAGACCGCCCCCGAUGGGAGGAAAGGCUCUCCGGUUCUCGGUGGUGUUGGUGUUGGUGUUGCAGAGGACGACCUGACAAGUGGCCGGCGAUACAACAUAGACGAUCUGGGCUCCGACAGAUACUUUAUCUCGUCCUCUCAGGCGGGUUCCGACAUGGCCAACCCGUGCUCCUUGUUCCCCUACGCGGGACAGACCGGCUCGGUGUACAGCGCCUCCAACGGCUCCAGGUAUUCGGCGUCUCUGCACUACGGAUCCGUGCUGCCCCCCGCGGGCUUCUCGUCCUCUGUGUGCUCCAGUCGCAGCCAGUUUGCCGGCGGAGGAUACCAGUUCGGCCAGGGUCCGGGCUGUCUGUACCCUUCUUACCCAGCGACGGGAUCCAGCAUCGGCUCCAUGUCGCUGCCCGGGUCCGCGGCCGGAGCCAGGGCGCAGGUUUAUCUGUGCAACCGGCCCCUCUGGCUCAAGUUUCACCGGCACCAGACGGAGAUGAUCAUCACCAAACAGGGGCGGCGAAUGUUCCCAUUCCUCAGUUUCAACAUCACCGGGCUCAACCUGACAGCUCAUUACAACGUGUUUGUAGAAGUCAUCCUGGCAGACCCCAAUCACUGGCGCUUUCAGGGAGGCAAAUGGGUCACCUGUGGGAAAGCGGACAAUAAUAUGCAGGGGAACAAGAUGUACGUCCACCCCGAAUCCCCCAAUACCGGGGCGCACUGGAUGAGACAAGAAAUCUCAUUUGGCAAACUGAAGCUGACCAACAACAAGGGUGCCAACAAUAAUAACACACAGAUGAUCGUGCUACAGUCCCUCCACAAGUACCAGCCCCGGCUGCACAUCGUGGAGGUUACCGAGGAGGGCGUGGAGGACAUGAGCAACGAGGCCAAGACACAGACCUUCACCUUUCCGGAGAACCAGUUCAUCGCCGUGACCGCCUACCAAAACACUGACAUCACACAACUGAAGAUAGACCACAACCCCUUCGCGAAAGGUUUCCGGGACAAUUAUGACUCCAGGAUGUACACGGCCCCGGAGAGCGACAGGUUGACCCCGUCCCCCACCGACUCGCCGCGCUCCCACCAGAUCGUCCCGGGCGCCCGCUACGCCAUGCAGCCCUUCUUCCAGGACCAGUUCGUCAACCAGCUGCCGCAGAACCGCUUCUACGCCAGCGAGCGCGCCGUGCCACAGACCAACAGCAUCCUGUCCCCGCAGGGUGAGGACGCGGGCGCCGGCGCCUCCGCGCAGCGCUGGUUCGUCACGCCCGUGCAACAGGCGGGCUCCAACAAACUGGACUUGUCCUAUGAGAACGACUACUCCGCCGGCAGCCUGCUGUCGUACGGCAUCAAGCCGCUGCCCCUGCAGACGUCCCACGCCCUCAGCUACUACCCCGACUCGGCCUUCGCCUCCAUGGCGGCGGGCUGGGGCAGCCGCAGCACUUACCAGCGCAAGGUGACCACGGGCCUGCCCUGGUCCCCGCGGCCCAGCCCCCCCGCCUUCCCCGAGGAGCAGCUGGGUGCCCCCACGAAGGACAAGCUGCCGGAGGAGAGCGCGCCGCCGUCGUCGGCCUCGAACUGGCUGGAGACGUCGCACUCGCUGAAGUCGGUGGACUCGACGGACUCUGGGGUGUACUCCAUGGUCUGCAAGAGGCGCCGGAUGUCCCCCGGGGGCUCCAGCACGGAGAACUCCCCGAGCAUUAAGUGCGAGGACUUGACCACGGACGAGUACAACAAGGACAACCCGAAAGGCAUGGGCUACUAUGCGUUCUACACGAGCCCCUAAAUAAGACUGUUGUGUACCGAACCAGAAUUAUAGGCUAAAGCAUUUCUUUUUUUUAAAUUCUUUUUUUUAAUUUUUGUAUCCCUGAUACCGUUACUUCCCUUGUUUUCCCUCAAAGCAAAAAGCACAUGGUUAUUUUCCCAGGCCAGAUCCCCCAUACCUGAGCCCAAUUUAGUUUUAUUCUGUUUUGAAGCAUGCGACUCCCCCUCCCUUUCUCCCGCGCACGCACACACACCUCUUUUAUUUAAUUUUUUACAACUGUAAUUUUUGUUAUUUCUUAAUUUAAAUUAAGGCUAUUUAAAGGUCCUUUUUGAUGUACAGUAUUUGUGCACUUUAGAAUGUGAUGUAUCUUGUACAAAGUGUCUUCAUGGAGGUGGUAUAAAAUGGGUAAUAAACAGCUUUUCAUAAAGCAUUAUCCAAAUGUGUUUGGAUGUA